AAUUUCGGCAGCAGAGGGAGGAGCCGACCUCUCUCGCCAUCCCCCGCCGUUCCGCCCCCCCCCGCUCCAAGCUGCAGCCGCGCUACCCCGCCCCGGGCCGCCCCGCAGCCCCCACCGCCUCGGGCUCUCCCCGCCCCGGGGUUGCCAUGAAACCGAAAGCGGCGGCGCUUGCGCUUCCACGCCCGCGCUGCCCCCUGCUUGGAGCCGCGCCCCGCGCCUCCCCCCGCCGCCCCGGUCCGGCGGGCAGCGAGCUCCGGCUCAGGUGUUUGGAAAGCAGGCAGAUGGCAAGGGCCUGGACGAGUGCGUAAGCGCACAAGACAGACUACAUCGUAUGGAGAUAUGAAACAGAGCUGAUGAAAGACUGUGCAGGUUUAAUUCUUUAAGCCCAAGAGAGAGGGAUGAAGGCAAGGUUAAUAUAGCCAAGAACUGACAUAUAAUUAAGUACAAUUUUGGAAAAAAUGAGAUUAUAGUCUACUGCUAUAAAUGAAUGAUCAUCUGGAAAAGGAAGGAUGACGAGAUAAGAGGCUUUGGCUCUUUUAACACCUAAACUGAAGCACAGCUUCCAUGGCCUGUGACGAGCUCACUGGCGUCUCGGGCAUCUUCACACGCCAGAACUCUGCCAGUGCUGUUUCUCUGGACUUCGAACCCGACACUGAUUACAAGUUUGUGGAAGCUUUAGAGGACCGGUACAAGUGUGCCUACUGCCACUUAGUCCUUCACAAUCCCCACCAGACAGGAUGUGGGCACCGGUUUUGCCAGCAGUGCAUUCUCGCUUUGCGAGGACUGAAUGCAGUACCCACCUGUCCUGUCGACAAAGAAACAAUAAAAAUGCACGAGGUAUUCAAAGACAACUGUUGUAAAAGAGAAGUUCUCAACUUGUACGUGUUCUGCAAAAACUUCCCUGACUGCAAUUCAAAAGUAAUUCUGGGGCGGUAUCAGGAACAUCUUCAGCAGUGUUUGUUUGAAAGUGUGCAGUGCUCUAAUGAUGGAUGUUGUGAUCAAAUCCUUCGGAAAGAUUUGAAAGAUCAUUUGAGUCAGCACUGUAAAUUUCGAGAAGAAAUGUGUCAGUACUGUAACAAAUAUGUGGUGUUAAUUAACAUAAAGAAUCAUGAGAAAAAUGACUGUCCUGAUUAUCCCGUGCCUUGUCUCCAAAACUGUUCACAGAUAAUUCUGAAAAAGGAGAUUGAAAAGCAUCACGCUGUGUGUCCUGAGACUGAAGUGGACUGCCCAUAUAAACAGUAUGGCUGUCUUAUAAAGGUUAAAAGAGGGAAACUUGCUGAGCAUGAAAAUGGAGCCCUGCGGGAACACAUGCUGCAGAUUCUGGACAAGAAUUCUAGACUGGAAGAACAAAUAUCUGACCUGUACAAGAGCCUGGAAUGUAAAGAGAUUAAAAUCCAGCAGCUAGCAGAGGCUGUUAAAAAGUGUGAGAAAGAAUUCAGACAGUUCACACAACUGUUUGGUAAAAAUAGCAAUCUGAUGGUAAGCACACAGGCUCUUGCUAGUCACCUGGACAAGUCUGCACGACUGGAAUCGCAGGUGAAACAGUUAAUACAGAUGGCAAACCAGCAACAAAGUAAAUUAGACUUGAGACCCCUGUUUGACACAAUUGAAAAUGUAAAACAGAAGAUUGCCCUUAUGGAGACAUAUGAUCAGCGCUUAGUUGUUUUGGAAAGUCAGUCCAGCAAACAUGAUCUCCAAAUCAAUAUUCACAAAGCACAGCUCAAUAAAAAUGAAGAGCGAUUUAAGCUUUUGGAAGGCACAUGCUACAACGGGAAAUUAAUUUGGAAAAUCACAGACUAUAAGAUGAAGAAAAAAGAAGCAGUGGAAGGUCGUGUCCUCUCCAUCUUCAGCCAGCCCUUCUACACCAGCCGCUGUGGGUACAGGUUGUGUGCCAGAGCCUACCUGAAUGGAGAUGGCUCAGGCAAGGGAACACAUGUCUCACUCUACUUUGUCGUCAUGAGAGGCGAGUUCGACUCACUGUUGCCAUGGCCCUUCAAGCAAAAAGUUACACUUAUGCUUUUGGACCAAAGUGGGAAAAAAAAUCACAUUGUGGAAGUCUUUAGAGCUGACCCCAAUAGCAGUAGUUUCAAAAGGCCCGAUGGAGAAAUGAAUAUCGCCUCUGGAUGUCCACGCUUUGUGCCACACACAGUUCUGGAGAACACAAAGAAUACCUAUGUCAGAGAUGACACUCUGUUUUUGAAAGUAGUUGUGGAUUUAACUGAUCUGGAGGAAUUGUAAAGAAAAAAGUAUCCAAUCAAUGUGACUGCUUUAAUUAUUAUGAAAUGCUUUCUUGGUGACUACCAGCCACGCAAUAGUGAAUUGCCACUAGUCAGCUACAGAUGCGUUUCAAGGCUUUUGGACCAUAUGACAGAUUAUGAAUUGCCAGAACAUCAGCCUUUGUGUUUUUUUAACCUUUUUUUCAAGCCUACAGCUUCAAGGCAGCUGUAAGACCAGUCUGAUGUGAACAUGCUUGGCUCACAUCACAGGACUAGUGACUUGUGAUGAAAAUUCUCCUGUAAGCCCUCAGGAGCCCAGGCAGGCCUGUGGGCUCCUCUGCUCACACCAAUGCACAUUUCACUUAUCUGAAAUGGAAACAUUUCAACAUCAGCUUGUUUGAAUCAACGUAGCCUGAGCCCUCGAUCUCCUGGAUUUUUGAAGCAGUGAGAAAUGGGUUCAGCCAGACACUUGUCAGGGAUCUUGCAUACUUUUUUUUGUUAAAGUAUUUUUUACCAGGAAUUCCAGAGGAAGAUACCAAUGCCUCUUACUUUUCUAGCCUGAUAUCUCAGCUGUACAGAAGGUCACAAAACGGCUGUGGUAACAUCUUUUUCAUUUCUGCCUAGUGCCUUGGGACUGAUUUCCACUGGUGAUCAACAUCCACAGUCCCCACUUGAGGUCAAAAGUAGCCCCACGUCCUUCUCACCUCUCAGGAUAUGGCCAUAAGGUAUUCAGCUGCCAGCUCUUGGAAGAAAGGGGACAAAAUUCUUCUGUUUGUCCUUCCAGCUGCGCUCCUCUGGCCUACCAGCUCUACAGAUGGCAGGAAGAGCUCUGGAUAUCUGCGUGGGAGAAACCUCACAUAACAUGCACUGUUCCCGCUGGAAAUUUGGAUUUUGGGGAAUGAAGGGGGAAAUAGAUGAGGGAAUGAAGUUCCUGUUGGAACCCAGGUCUCACGAGUAGUGCAGCUUGAGCAUUUGUUAAAAGCAGUGAGAGCUGCUGAGCAAUUACUGCUAACUAUGAAAUACUUAGGAAGAUCUUCAUUUUUAUCCUAAGUUCACUCCAUAUUGCAAGGGAACAAUUGCAUUUUAUGUUGCUUAUUGGAGACACACUAAGAAUGCCAAUAUCAGGCACCAAGCAACAAGAAGCAAAGAACACACGUGCCUUUCUAAAGUCUUUUGGGUGCUUGUAAGAUGGAUGUAAUUUUGCACACUCGGUCAUUUUGUUGUUAGAAGUGACAGAAUUUUGCGUCUCAUCUCUUACAGAUCAGGUAGUAAAACAGCAAAAUAUUAUCCACUGCUCCUGCAGCCCACUGGCAGAAUAAAGCUGGAGGUUUUGAAAAGGAUGGCAUGAAAUCAAGCUGGAUUUAAAGUAAGAGUAAACCAGGCAGGAUAAAAACCAAAAUGGGCCACGGACUCCGAGGUAUAAGGUAGAAAAUUCGAGAUGGCAAACGUAGCAAAAUGGAAAAUGCCUCUUCUGUGCAGAAUAAUAUGAUUUGGUGAUUGACACUAAGAUGAAGGCAAAAUACAAUAUUUUAUACCUGGAAGGUCAUUGCUAUAGGCAUUUACUUUUCCAGGCAGUUUCUAGAAUGUAAAUCAGACAAAUAUUUUCAAAUUUGGAGGUGGAGGGGGGAGAAGCCUUAGCAAUCUGUACAUCACAGUAAGGUGGCACAUCUGGAAGCUUCUCAACCAGAAGCCCUUUUUGUUGCACCAUGUCUAUAUGUGCUGAGCACACAGGGGUUUUCAUUGUGACCAGAAAGAUGAUAAAGGCCUGAUUUUGUUCUUUUGUACCACCACGACUGACUUUACAGUUCUUUUUCUCCAUGUAGCGGAGAGAAUUGGGCCUCAUGUCCUUAAUACUUUUUGUUACAGAAAGAGGAAGCUUGUUUGUAAGACACUGUGGUAUUGGGGGACAUCAAUUCUGAGCCUCUGAUGUGGACCUUGUGUUGAUUGCUACUUUCAAAGUGAUAACCGAGUGGUGUCAGCUGCAUGUCCUUGGACUGUCCAGUGUGUGAAGUGUAAAAUGAAAGGAUAAAGAUCCUGGAGAACUGAAGCAGGAUGGAAAGGACGCGCUCUGUAUCUGAACGAAUAACAGACCCCUCUGCCUCCACACCCCAAGUAUAAAAUGGGGAUAAUAAUACUUGUGGAAGUGUUAGGACUAUUUAAAUGUUUGUGAAGAGUUUUGAGCAUGAAGAGAGCUAAGUGUUAUCAGAACUCCAUUUCUAGUUGUUGAGUUGGUGAUGGCGUAGUGAUGUGGGUGUGUGUUAGUGUGUUGCCGGGCUGAUGCUGGGAGCGUGCUCGGCUUUAGGCAGGCCGUGCUGAGGUCUCUCCUCUAUGUACCAUGGUGUUGGCUUUACCUUUCUGCCAUGAGCGUUCCUUUUAAAAUUCUGAAGCACAAAUGAUUCACCCUGGGUGACGGAAACGUCCCUGUUGGAGUACUGCCUGUUUUAUAAUGAAUUCAUUGAGAAAAUUAUUUUUUUCUAAGGCGAUCUUAUUUAAAGUGGUUUCUUUUGUUACAAUAGUUGAGUUUUGUGUUAAGAUUCUCAGCAAUUUUUAAUACUUGUGAACUGCAUUUUAAAUUUCAUCUCAUUCCCAAUGAAAAAAAAUGUUGACUAGCAUGAGUAUUGGGGAAGGAUUUUGUUGUUGCAUGAUAAAUACCAAAAAACCUUUCAAUAACGUCGUACUGGGUAAACAACCAAAAGCGCGUCUGGUAUUUCUACAUCAGCACACGGUGUAUUUUUACGUAGUUAUUGACCGUUUGUAACUGUUUGAGUAUCUCUUACUACAGUGCAGGCAUUUUUCUAGCCAAGUGUCAUAACUGUAUACGUAAAAACAGGGUCGGAAUAAAUAACGUUACCACCUUUCCGGAGUGUCAUGCGUCCCGUCGGCAGGCAGGCGUUGCCAGGGGCGGUGCGCGGCGGUGAGCGUGGUGCCGGGCGGGCCGUGACGCGCCGCCGGGCCGGGGAGCACCGCCUCCAGCCUCCGGGUCACCGCCAGCCCUUCCGGGUCGCCGCCGAGCCGCGGUUGGGCCCGUGCUGCCGCCGUGGUCGCCCCGGUAUGGACAACCAGAAGGAUGAGAAAGGCAGGGUGCUCAGUGCAGCUUCGGCAGAGGACCUGAAAGUCCGAGGAAAAGAAAAAAGGAAAAGAAGGCGUAGCAGAAGCAGAUCAUCAUCCAUUUCAUCCACAUCGUCUUCUAGCACUACAUCCACUUCUUCUUCCUCAUCACGUUCAUCAUCAAGGUCGUCGUCUUCAAGUAGCAGAGAUUCUCCUAAAACUAAAUCAAAGAAAAGGAAAAAAGAAAAACACAACAAAAAGGUAAACAUUUUCUAACAGAGAUAAGUAGUUAACCAACAGAAAAUAGCUCUUUGUACUUCAAUAGCCAUAGAUAUCAUGGAAUAUUUAAUGCUUUUGUCUGUAGCUAUGUAAAUCUGAAGCAUGCUGUUAGGGUUACAGCAAGUGAACUCUUUAAGUUGACAUACACCUGACUGUAUACCAAUUGAGAAUAUGGUUCCUUUUGCCAAUAAUUGCUCAUCCAACUAGAAUUUAGUGUAGUCACUGAGGAAAAUAAGUAGGAACCUUGACAACUUCAUAGAAUUUCUGUCAGAAGAAACCAUUUAUAGUUAAGAGUCACAGAUUCUUGGUGUUGUAAUUUUCCUUUUUUCAUUUUUAUAGGACCUGCUGUUCAGUGAUUUUUUGUAUUAGGUGUAUAUUAAAAGAGAGAAUCAGGGAUCCUGCCAUUUCUCUCUCCAGAGAGACAAAGGGUUGCUAACUUUGCUGAAUUACUUUCUGCGUAUUUCAUAUAGGACCAGCAGUGGUAAGGACAAGCAGCAGUGAUUCUGUUGACUAGCCAGGGCAUGGAUAGGCUGCUUGUGGGUUUCCUUUUUUUGCCUUUGUGAAUCUGUAAGUGCUACAGAAUAUGUUUUAUACUUGCAGAAGAGGAAAAAAGAGAACAAAACGAAGAAAAAGAAAGAAAAGAAGAAAAAGAAAGAGAAAACAGGACCUGUCCAGCUUUCUAAGUUCUUCAAAAACAAGAAGAAGAAUGAAAACUACAGCAUGAUAACUGGAAAGAAAAUUAAGAUGAAAAUAAAGAAGACUAAGAAGGAUAAAGAGAGAGACAGGAACCGUGCAGAGCUGCUUGAAUUUCUGAACUCUGCCUUAUAAUGGGAAGAGUGCUGACCAAGGACUCAUAAAUACGCCAAGCUGGUGAUGAUCACGCCUAGCAAAAAAGCUAAAGGAAACUCAGGGAAAAGGAUGCCAAGUUUGACAAGACCAGACUCUCCUGCUACGACAAUCAGGAUGUCCUUUUUUAACAGCAAAAUGAAGAUCAACUGAUAACUUGUUAAUGAAGAUCCAUGUCCUUUUGAGAUCCUAAGGUAACAGCCAGGCUGUGGUGUUUUAGAAGAGCCUAAGAGUGUGUCAUUGGCAAUGACAUGAAGUGACACACUGAGGUCCAAUUCUAUCCUAACUGCAUGCAGAACACACUUUUAAUUUCAAAUGUCUUAAAGUUUCCAGUAGCUUAAACAAAGCGGAUUAUUUGUAACUGUCUGUUGAAAGAUGAGGCAUUUCUAUGUGUAUAUUUUUUCCAGUAGUGGUUUUACUUGUUCUGAAGAGCAAGUUGACCUUUGUAAAUAGAACAUCCUUUUACAUAAGUGCUUUUUUGACAGUUCAUUCAUUAAUAUAUAAUUUUAUUUCAGAG